AGCGGCGGUAGCGGCGCGGCUGCGGCGCGCGCGCUCGCCAGUCGGCUGGUCGAUUGCCGUGAGGGUGGUGUGUGAUCCUGCUGCAUUGCUCACGUAUAACCUUCUCCAGUCGAGUCACAAUGCCGGGCGUCUGCCCCCGCUGCAACAAAAAUGUCUACUUCGCCGAAGAGAAGAAGGCACUGGGAAAGUGCUGGCACAAAAUGUGCUUCAAAUGCGCGUCGUGCAACAAGCUGAUGGACUCGACGAACGUCACGCAGAGGGAGGAGGAGCUGUUCUGUAAGACGUGCUACGGCCGCAACUUCGGCCCCAAGGGCUACGGCUUCGGCGGCGGCUCGGCCGGCGUGCUCAGCAUGGACGACGGCACAAAGUACAAGAGCGGCCCUCCCACCUCUAACGUGCCCCAGACGGCGCAGGCCUACGUGGCACCAAAGGCGGGCGGUGUGGUACGGCCGGUCGGCGGGCCCCGACCCCGCUUCGGCGGCUCAGACAUCUGCAAUAGAUGCGGGAAGCCGGUGUACAUUGCCGAAAAGAUGAUUGGCGGUGGUGGCAUCUACCACAAGACGUGCUUCUCAUGUAACGGCUGCAACAAGCGACUGGAGAGCACCAAUGUCACAGAGCACGAGGGCCAGAUCUACUGUAGGCCGUGCUACGGUCGGAACUUUGGUCCGAAAGGCUACGGGUACGGCAUUGGAGCGGGCACGCUGCAAACCGAGGCCCAAUAAACCUGUGCGAUUGUGGCGUCACCUCUUCCCAUGUGAACAGACUAGUGCGCGAUGCUGCGGGCAGGUGGCAGCAGUGUUUGGUAUGAUCGUUUCGGCUAAUCUGCGCCCGCCAACGACACAUUCCUUCUGCGGUGCAGGCCACAGUGUUUCCGCCCGCGAGCGCUCGUGGCGAGUGGUAGAGCUGAGAUGAAACAAUGUUCGUCGAUAAAUCUUAAACGAUGAUCGCUCUUUGACGGUUAUGUAGUUCUACGGGUUUCAAGAUGGCUAACAAUCGCUGACUUGGGCCGCGCGGCUGCCAUUUAGAAAUGACUUAGAGCGCUUGUGUAUUUUUGUAGUUUUCUUCCCAAACGCUGCAUCCUGUGAGCUACACGGACCAAUGUUCUGAGUGUAGUUUCUGGCCCUGCCAGCGUCUCGACAGCGAGGCGCUUCACCGGCGUUGGUACGCCCGGUACUUGUACAAUGCUGUGUUUGUGUAUUUACGAUAGUGACUCGCGAUUGUAGCACGAUUCCAAAUACAUGUACUUAUAGUC